UUACUAUAUUUGUCUGAAUAAAUUUGUUGUUAUUAUCAACAUUUGCAUGUAGAUUAGCAAGACAACUGCAUUGUUACUAAAGCGUUUAAAUACCCUCUGUUUGUAUUCUGCAAAGGUUAUGGUUUUACUCGAUAUUUUAUUAUACGUAAUUAAUAAAUAACAAUUCGUAAACACGUUUUAAUUACUCGGAAAGUAUAAUUGUCAUAUAAACGCUUUUUACGUAUUUGUAUUAUUCUUCAAAUCAGAAGAACUAACUUUUUUAUAUCAUGGAAAAUGAUGAUAUCCUAAGUUUUGCAGAAAAUGGAAUGUUAAAAGUGAUACUAAAUCAACCAAGAAGAAAAAAUGCUAUUACUAUUCCGAUGUAUAAAAAGUUGAUACAAAUUUUACACGAUUCUAUUCAAGACAGUAGCCUGUAUGUAGUAGUUUUAACUGGUACUGGAAGUUUUUUUAGUAGUGGAAACGAUUUCAAUUCUUUACUAAUGGAAGUAGAUAAUCUUGAUCUCGAAGAUGUUUCAAAUACUUUUAAAAAAUUUGUGGAUACAUUAAUUUCAUAUCCUAAACUUUUAAUAGCUAUUGUAAAUGGUCCAGCAAUUGGAAUUGCAGUAACAUUCCUUCCAUUAUUUGAUAUGGUGUAUACCUCGGAUACGGCUUACUUCCGAACACCAUUCACAGACUUAGGCCUUUCUGCAGAAGGAUGCUCUACAUAUACAUUUCCUAAGAUAUUUGGGCAUUCCAAGGCUGGUGAUAUGUUAUAUUUGGGUUAUAAAAUGUCAGCUUUUGAAGCUAAACAAUAUGGUUUAGUUAGUGAAGUAUAUAAAGAGGGAUGUAUAGACGAAGUUUGGACAUAUUUAAAGAAGUUACCUCAACUUUCAUCAGAAUCAAUACUUGCAAUUAAAUCCUUAGUUAAAAGAUGGAAUGAAAAAGUAUUGUUGGAAGUUAAUGUUGAAGAAUCAAAGGAACUUUUAAAACGUAUACAAACUUCUGAUUUCUCAGAGAGAAUCAUGAAUAUGCUAUUACACAAAAACAAACUUUAAAAAUUUCUUAAUAUAAUUAAGCUAAUAUAAAAACUUUUAUUUGUU